AGACCCAAAGGCGUCAUAGGUUACGUUAUUCACUUCACUGUGGGGCCUGUGAAGGAAUCCAGGAGUGACCAGCGAAAAGUCCACAUACCAGAAGGAAGGAGGAGUUGGUAACUCUUUUAUCUCUUCCGAAGGGAGUCUGAAAGCCUCAGCAUAUUGAGCUCGGUGCCACGGGAGGAGCCCCCAAACAAGACAGCAGCAACAUGGAGGACAUGAGUGUGGAACAGAUGGCUCUGAGGGCCAACCAGCUGACGGAUGAGUCGCUGGAAAGCACCCGGAGGAUGAGGCAGCUGGCGGAGGAGAGCCAAGAGACUGGGGGCAAAACUCUGGAUAUGCUUGAUAUGCAAGGAGAGCAGCUCAAAAGAGUAGAGGAGGGCAUGGAGCAGAUCAACGAGGACAUGAAGCAGGCCGAGAAAAACCUCAACGACCUGAACAAGUGCUGCGGCCUCUGCACCUGCCCCUGCGACAGAGUCACAUCUCUUGAAAACGACCAGCGUUACAAAAAAACCUGGGGCACUGGAGGGCUGGAGGGGGAAAAUGAUGGCGACGGCUCAAAGGUGGUGUCCAGGCAGCCGUCACGCACUCGCAACGGACAGCCCGCCCAGACCGCCGCCAGGGGGACCGCCGCCGCGCCGUCGGGCCCGUACAUCCAGAGGGUGACCAAUGAUGCGCGAGAGGAUGAGAUGGAGGAAAACCUGGAGGCGGUGGGCGGGAUCAUCUCCAACCUCAAAGGCAUGGCGAUGACGAUGGGACAUGAAAUAGACAAGCAGAACGUACAGAUCGACAGGAUCACCGAUAAGGCGGACAUGAACAAAAUGCGCAUCGACGACGCCAACCAGAGAGCCAACAAGCUCAUCAAAUGAACGCCGACGUCUGCUUCGUUUUUUUUUUUUCCCCUCCUCCACUUUGGAGCCUCUUUUGCGACCUUCAUGCACACAGUUUGUUUCCACACACGUCCGUAGAGCAAAUCUGUCCUUGUUGGCAGCACAGCUGUCUUUUUUUUUUUUUUUGUUCUCAAAUGUAGAUGAGAAAACUCGACCCCCGCUGGACUGACCUGCCAUCCCAAAACAGGUUCCUUCUCCUGGAAAGAACUGUGAACUGCUGUUCUGAGGUCAGUGUGGACGAUCCGUUCUGGACGAUCUCCACGUUGCCUCUGGAAAUCACCCGCAUCUUCCUCAAAUCUUUUGUUUUGUCAUGUAAUUAAGUUUAUAUAUAUAAUCGUGUAUUUUUUUGAAAUUAAGAGCCUAUUUAAUUAUUCUUUGAGCAGAAAUGACUUGUGAAUAAAGCUAAACCUUUGGAAACCCUUUGUUCGCACGUCAUUUGGGCCCAUCCGUUUAUUUAAGUUGUUCCAAGCCAAAACUGUUCCUGGAGAGAAUUAUGCUGGGAUUUAAACCUUCAACCUCUGAAUUCAUGUGUUCUUACCUCAGUUGAUGAGAAGAAUUUUGCAGCUGUUUUCAAAUGCACUGAUCUGAUGACAAAGAAUUUUGAAUAGAUCAGAUCCGCUGCUGCAUAUAUAAUUCAUUAGAAUAUAAACUUGUACUGUAUUUCUAAUACAUAUAUAUGUAUUGGUUUGUUGCCUUUUGAGAGAAAUAAUUAAAGCUGCGAGUGACGUUGUGUGGCCCGCAGGCCCCGCCCUCUCCCCUUCUGCCACCCAAGUCACAGAUUCACACGAUUAGUUCAUAGAAAACUAUUUUCAAAAUGACAGCUUUUCCAUAGCAACCAUUUUAUUUUUUAGUGGGCUGGGGGUGACGAGCAGAUUGAUGCAAUUCUUAGAGGAAUCUGCAGAAGUAACAUUUUCAGAUCACCAUGGCAACAGAUGUUUUUCUAAAAUGCUCAUGUUCUAUCUUUUCUUUGAGGUUGAGCCAAAGAUUUGGGUGUCAAACUUUCACAAAAUUCCAGCAAAAAAAUGUGCGAGCAAAGUUUUUUUUUUUUUUACUUCGGCACGCUGUAACCAUCCCAUAAUGAUUUUGAAAGAUAUCCUCAACAUGUCUUUUGGUUUUGUUAGUGAACUUUAAAAAAAUAUAUAAAUUUUGGGCCUCAUAAGAAGUUUUAGCAAAUGUUGGUGAGUUUUUAAGUGAGGGUGAAGUAAGAAAGGAAAAUUGGGAAAAUGCGGCUGUGUUCUAACAGCCAUCAUGUCCUUCCUCUGCAUCCUUUCAGUCAAAGCUGCAAUGGGAGUUGAGAAAUUCCUGCCGGCGGCCGGAUGUGUACGUUUAUGUAAAUGGAGGUUGUUGAACACGUAAACGCCGCGCACGUCCUGCUGGAUUCUUUCAAGGCCUCGCUUAGUGAAAGUGGCUGAUGAUGGCAUGGUAUGCAUAAAAACCAUCCGCGCCCUCACCCCCCACCCCUGGCUUUUUCUUGUUUUGUUUUGUAUUCUCUGCUGGCGGCGUGCGCCUGUCGAGGAUGAAAAGGUCCAUAGGAACGGUUGUGCCAGACUUCACAGCUCCUGUAAGGGAUCAUCCUCGGCUUGUUGAAGUUGAGCUGAAAUCUAAUUAGCUUCAAGUCGCCCCGCGGUGGAAUCCUUGUCAUCAACACCCACUGGAAUGUAAAUAUAUUAGCGUUUUUUUUUUUUCAAGGAAAACUGCUUUUGUUUCAUGACUGCAUCUGUCAAAAUGGAAAAGCUUUUUCUUGCAAUCGUUUUGAAUAAAAAUAAAACACUGCCUGUAAA